AUGGCCGAUCAAACCGACUUGCAAGAGCGUGUUGUUGGUAUGGAAGACCAGAUGAAGCAACUUGUCAUCGCGAUGCAACAAAUGUCCGCUAAGAUCAAAGCUCUUCGGUCGAUCCCUGUUCCGGCAUCCCUCGAAACAUCAGUCCCAAAGCAGAAAGUUAGAAAAAGUGUCGAUGUUGACGGAGAUGACGAUAUUCCUGAUUUAGAAGAUGACCCCGUCCAGAUUAUCGUCAACAAAGAUAAACCUGACGAACGAGUCAACAAGCUUGAAGAAAGAUUUGUGGUUGUGUUGCUUAAACAGGAAGUGAAGGAGUACUUUGUAAACUACAUACUUAAUGACAGCCUUGGAAUUAUUGCCAAUGCCCACACCGUCUUUGCAGAUAGUAAGCCUGAAAAGGCCAUGAGCCCUGAAUGUGUAGAGCUUGCAAAACUUUUCUCUAUUGCCGUUGACUUCCCAAAAACUGGUGUACCUGCUGUGAUACCUCCUAAUCUGUAUGCCAAAGAAUACCCAGACUUCAUGGAGAAGCUUGACAAGUCCAGCUACCCAUCCAAUAAUGUGAUCGGAAAGCUUUUCCAGGAAGUCAAAGAUCUAGCAUCUGCAUCAAGCUCUAUUCGAAAGUUCACGCUGGAAAUGGCGAGGCAAUCUUAUGACCCAGAUAUGGAAGUGGACGGAUUUGAGGAAUAUGUCGAUGACGCUUUCUAUCACAAGGGCAAUUAUGAUUACAAGCUGGGGAAUCUGAUGGAGAACUAUGGGAUUAGCACAGAGGCUGAAAUACUUAGUGGCUGCAUAAUGAAAAUGUCCAAAUCUUUCACCAGGAGGAGAGACGCUGAAUCCAUAACUGCGGCUGUAAAAUCCCUGAGAAAGGAAGCUCGGACCUGGUUUAAUGAUAAGGGAAGUGGUUCGUAUUCUGAGCCUGUUGAUGAAUAUGCAAAAGCGUCUGCGUGGUAUCAUGUCACGUAUCACCCGGAUUAUUGGGGUUGCUAUAACGAGGGUUUAAAGCGAGAUCAUUAUCUUAGCUUUCCUUGGUGUGUAUAUGAUAAACUAAUCCAAAUUAAGAAGGAAAAACGAGGUAGGAUAACUGCUCGCAGAUCCACUCUUGAAGACUACUUUACCCGUGGAUUGCGUCUGAAUUGAGAACUCCAACUCGGAUAUUUUCUCAGUUGAAGAAACGAGAGUUGUCGUAUUUGGGUCUUGUGCAAAUGUGUAGGCAACAGUACUCCUAAAUUCCUGCUUUUGUGUAGCAAAGCUUAAAUAACAUUCUGGCUGCUAUUUGUGCGUGCAUUACAUCUUUCUGUACAUAAUGGUAAUGUAUAACAGUUGUUCACUCUUUAUAGUCUCUCUGAAUUGAUAUUUUCCAUAGUAUCACGAUAAA